AUGCAGGACCGCCUGUUUUCCCGCGAGGCCGGGUCGCUGGCCCCUCAUGAGUUUGCCAAAACCGUCACGACCGACUUCCUCCGGUCUUUCGGUUUCGCGCAGGACCACCGGUUUGACGGCGCGAGUGGCAAGCGCGCCGGGGAUGGCGUCGACCGUGGUGGCCGCGAUAUUCACGAUACCGCCGUCCUAGCCCACGGCGGCGGCGCGAACAGCCUCGCGAUAGAAAAGUUUGAUGGGAAAAUCGCCAUCGGAAGGCAGCGCCCGGCGCUUUUCAUGGAAGGCCACAUCAGCGGCGUGACCCACGUAGACUUUCACCCCUUCAAAAAGGAUUACUUCCUCACCGGGUCCUUUGACAAGUCUCUAAAGUUGUGGUCCUGCGCCACGUCGGCUGUCACCGCGCACUACGACAUAAAAUCCAAGGUCUUUGCGCACGCCGCGAGCCCCAUCUCCUCCAGUCCCGUCAUCGCCUGCGCCACCCAAGAUUCCAACGUGCGCCUCGUGGACUUGAGGACCAACUCCUCGGCCCGGAGCCUACUCGCGAGCGGCGGCGCCGUCUUCUCCGUCGCCUGGAGCCCCCGCCAUGAGCGGCCCCUCGGCAUGCUGGACAUGGAGGACUCGCUCGGCAUCCUCCACCGGUACAACCAUGCCAUGGCGUCCGGCCUGGGUUGGAGCUACAUGCCAAAAGUGCGCGAGGCCGCCACCGCCCACGCUGACGCGGUCAACGGCCUUGCUUGGACGGAUGACGGCAACUACAUCAUAACGGCCGGGCUCGAUAGGCGUAUCCGCGUAUGGAACGCUGCUACGGGGGCCAACACCCUUGCGGGAUUCGGCUCUACCGUCCGGAACUCCACUAUCGGACCUCUACACAUGGUCAUCCCUCCGAGCAACCUCACUGGAGGAUGCCGCGAGCUUCUUUUCUGGCCUAAUGAGCAAGAGAUUCUCGUUUUUGACCUACACGAGGGCUACGUCGUCUCGCGUAUGAGGGACGAGAUCAAGGAUGACGCUGAGACUGGGAGCGACGAAGAGGAUACGAGGAAGCGGAAGCGACAGGUGCUUGACGAUGCAUAUAGGAGUCUGAUGGGCAAACAGGUCACGUUUACUUGA